ACAAUGGCUGGUGCUGCUGUUCAUUUUGUUGCGGCCGCCCGACGAACUAAUCCAAAACGCCGGCGAUUCCCGACUUCCUGCCUGGCCAUCCCGCUAAUCGAACUCACUUCCGCUUUCCUCGAGAAACCACCGACGACGCGAGGAACAUGGCUGGCGGCAGCGCGGACGUACAGUUCGGCGUCCGCGCAUUCAGCAAGAUGAUCAUGCACUGCCUCAAGUACCCGCAGAACUCCGUCAACGGCGUCCUGCUCGCCGACGAACGACGCCGGGCGGGCGACCAGCCACCGUCUCAGCUUCACAUAGUCGACAGCGUGCCGCUGUUCCACCAGUGCCUAGGACUGACGCCGAUGCUCGAAGUGGCGCUCGUGCAAAUCGACCAGCACUGCAAGAACGCGGGCCUUGUGAUCGCCGGUUACUACCAGGCCAACGAGCACCUGAGGGACUCGGCGCCCGACCAGAUUGCGCUACGCGUCGCCGACAAAGUGGCCGAAAACUUCGCCGACGCCUGCCUGGUCAUGAUCGACAACCAGUUGGUGUCGCUCGACUGUGAAAAGGCUCCCGUCGUGGUGUACGCCAGCCAGGACGGCCGCUGGCGCGAAAGGCCCUUCACGCUGGCCGAGAAGACGUUGGACGUGACGUCGUCCCUGUGUCGGGCAAAGGCGUACCGUGCGCUCACCGACUUCGACAACCACCUGGACGACAUAAGAAGGGACUGGUGCAAUCUGGAGAUUAACGAGGAGAUCGCCAGGUGCCUCUAGUUUACUUCCUCGCGAAGUGGACGAACCGACCACUAGAUGUCCCUAGUUGUCUACGGAGACGCGCGGAUUUCGUACGGACAUUUGUUUUUUUGUUUUUUUCGUUGGUGGUGUUAGUGCGAGAAGGGGUUAAAGCACGGUAUGUGAUACCACACGUUGGGUGUCCGGAUUAUUUGUUUCUCUGUUUCGCAAGGUUGAUAGCUCGUGAAGGCGUAGUGAAGCAUUCAAUUGUGCGCAGCUGCUGGUACCGCGCGAGUGGCUACGUGGUUUUCGAAUCGACUGCAAAUUGAAGCCGUAGUUCUAUUGUCAUAUGCAUUUGCAAUGGCCCGUAAUAUAGUGAUUACACCUGAGCACGUAGGUUGCAAAAAAUUAAGAGUGCUACUUAAAUUGCUGCUUUGAACGUGUCAAGUCAAAGGGUACCCUACGUGUAACGGUAAAUUCCGGCAUUGAAAACUACCGGCUUGAUUGCAGUUAAAGUCGCGCCGGCCGCAUCGCGCGCGCAAUCAUAAGAACAAAACAUUGUAUUUCUCGCAGAGGCAUGCCUUGUGAAAUUUCAUCUGUGCUGUAAAUGCGCCGCAUUGUCAGGUUGAUUGUAUGUUGCACUUGUUUCCCCAAAUAACUUUUGUUCUCAGAUAUUAAAAUGAAUGACACUGCUA